UGCCCCAGUAUCUGGAGACUUUUUUUGACAUUUGCAUAUCUCCUUUCAUCUCUCGGUCAUGCUACGAAACCCACAAACUCAUACAAAGCUUGAUACGAUUUGGAUGUAGACGCCCGAGCGCGUGCGGCAGCACGCGGGCUGAGACUUUUUAGUAUCGACCUGUCAGAUCGGAUGCCCCGAUGAGAGAUCCAGUUGAUACAGCGGCUGCCAUGGCUUACCACCCUUUCCAAGCUCACCGACCAGGUGCCUUGCCCUUAUCAGCCUUCUUGACCGCCGCUCAGCCCUCUUUUUUCCCUGCGCUGGCUUUCCCAGACGUCGCCUCCGUGUCCGAGCCUCCUCCGGAGCCGGCUGCCUCUGACGCGGGGCUGCGCGCAGCACUGGGACGCCAGCAGCAGCCACUUUACCCGAGGUCCUUAAAGAGCCUGCAGACUGAGGAUGGACCGGAUGAUGACCCGAAAGUAACACUCGAAUCAAAUCAUUUGUGGGAUGAAUUUCACAAAAUGGGAACUGAGAUGGUUAUUACUAAAUCUGGAAGGAGAAUGUUUCCGGCCUUCAAAGUGCGGGUAGACGGGCUGGUGGAGACAGCAAAGUACAUCCUGCUGAUGGACAUCGUCGCUGUUGAUGACUGCCGCUACAAGUUUCACAACUCCCGCUGGGUGGUGGCUGGAAAAGCUGACCCGGAGAUGCCAAAGCGCAUGUACAUCCACCCAGACAGCCCGUCCACAGGAGAGCAGUGGAUGAGCAAGCCCGUCGCUUUCCAUAAACUCAAACUCACCAAUAACAUCUCGGAUAAGCAUGGAUUUACAAUUUUAAAUUCAAUGCAUAAAUACCAACCCAGAUUUCAUAUUGUGAGAGCCAACGACAUAAUGAAGCUUCCCUACAGCACCUUCCGGACAUAUGUUUUCCCGGAGACAGAGUUCAUUGCUGUCACUGCGUAUCAGAAUGACAAGAUCACACAGCUAAAAAUUGACCACAACCCCUUUGCCAAAGGAUUCAGAGACAGUGGAAAUGGGAGGCGAGAGAAGAGGAGUAAGCAGUCAACUAUUUCUUCAAUGCAUGAACACCAAAGCAAAGCGGACCGGGACGGUGCUGAUUCAGAUGACUCUUGUGAACAACCCAGUACCAGUGAUCCGUUUUAUUCCCCACGGGAGCUGGUGAACAGCCCUCUGAUGUCCCCACCAACCUGUCAGGAUGACAACAAUUUUGGCAGUGAUUCAGAUAUUGAUCUACAAGAUGAGGACAUAGCUGAAGCCAGCUGUUCCAGGACUGAACACACAGGUCAGAAAAGUGAGGAUAUACUGUGGAACAAGCCUGCUGUCGGUCAGAGCGACGACAAUCAGGACUCGCCGAAAGAAAGAACAGUGUUUAGAAUGGCAGAUGAUAUCCACUCUGUGGUGACUGAUUCUUCAAAAAAGCACACGAGCAAAAUGAAAGAUGGGGUCCUGCCUAUGAUGCAGUCAUCAUCCCUCGGUGCGGGUCACCUUCAGACUUUGGAUUUCUCCAGUGUGCACAGUCAACAGUUUCUUAAGCUCGGGGCACCGUUGUUGUUUCACCCGGGACAGUUUUCAAUGAAGCCUGAGGGUUUGGGACAUCUGUCUUCUUUGCCUGGACUAGAAAAUGGUGGCCUGUCUUCUCAAAGCAUCAACUCCCCAUCUCCCUUCAUGUUUCAACACUUGAUGGCAUCUCAGGGAAUCUCACUGUCACCCUUUGGAGGGCUGUUCUCUUAUCCAUACGGCUACAUGACAGCACCAGCUCUCCCCACCUGCUCUGCCACCUCUACAUUGGCCAGAAACCAAUGCUUUCGCAGCUCUCGGCCUUGGUUGCGAUUCAGCCCCUAUCCGAUCCCAGCUGUCACCUCAAGUCAAAACCUGCUUACAACCAGAUUGCCCGGCAGGUCAAACCCACAAUCUGAGGUGUCCAAAUCACAGAGCAGACAGUCAAGUCCAGUGUCUGACAAUCAUGGCCACAAAACCAAAGCCAAACAGAAGACUGCUCCACCAAAAAACAUUGUUAAGGGUUCCACAAAUGAACCACAAAACACACAUAAUCCAGUUGGAGGACUUGAUAAAGCACCUCCUCCACAUUAGACUCUCCUGUAUGUUGUUUGGCACCGUACACCGUACACGUGGUGGAUUCAGGGUGAUGGAUACACAGACAAGUUCAUGAAGUUACACAUAACAGUCACCUAAAAUGAGUAUUUUGCCAGAAACUGCAUGUGUUGCUGCUAUUCAACCAGUCAUUAUAUCAUAAAGAAACCUGCCUACUUAACACGGAGGUGGUGAUUUGCAGGUCAAAACACACCCAUUUAUGUUAACACUAGGCUUAAUUAUAUGCAACUGAGUUGUCUCAAAUAGCUCACCUCUUCAGCCAAAUUUAGCUCAGACUUUACCACAACAUUGGGAUGACUUUUUUUUU